AUGUUGGAGAGGAACUUCUUCUGUUCCCUCUCUUACCCAUCUCAGGACUCUGCUUAUUGUGGAGAAUGUGAACUCUAUAAACUACAGGAGGUUGGUGUGUGUGCUUUCUUUUCUUGUCUAGAUGAGCAACUCACAAAUGAAAACCACGCAGAUGAGAAACCCAUUAAUGCUAUGGUUAUAAAUUCAGUCUCUGAAUUCAACAUCACAGAUGGACCAGCCAAGGAAACCCCCAAUGAGAAAAAGCUGUCAGCAUCCAGCACGUCACUGUCCUCCCUGGAAGAAUGUCAGACAGAACGCUCCUACCUCCAAACCAACCCUUCAGAGCGUCAAAGAGACAUGGAGGAGGAGUGUGCCUCACUGAUCCUCGCCUGUCUGUUCUGCCAGUUUGGGGACUGUCUGCUGAUGCUUCCUGACACCUGUGAAGCGGUGUGCACCGGCCUGUGCUGCCCCUCUCAUGGGUACCACCAUGCCACGGACGAGGAGCACCCGCGUGGGGACUGCAGCUGCAGUUGUGACGUGGACUGCAGCCUCUUUGAGUCCUGCCACGAGACCAGCGAGUGUCUGGAGCUGGCCAUGGAGAUCUCCGAAAUGUGCUAUCGCUAG